CGCGCCUACAACUGGCUACAAGCAUUCGGUUUCGGAGUACCGAUCCAAGUCACGUCAAGACGACGGUUUGAGGGGUGCCUUCGUAUUUUAAUUUGGCCGUACGGCGAGACACGCAUGUCGCCAGACACAACAAAGAUGGGCAGUGCGGGAAACGGUGACGCUGGUUGUUGUUCGAUACUGAAGAAACUCGGCUUGCAACCGGUCACGCGAUGCAGCCUCGCGAAAUUCUACGCACCGGCAUUUGGCGCCGCCUCGUACACCGCGAUGUCCGUCAAUGUCAUGAACCCAAGUCUUGUCGUUAAGGUAUUUCCAAGAAGAGACAUCACAAACUUGUUACUGGUCGGUGCUCUGACCGGUACCGGAAUGUACCUUUAUACGCGCGAACACAUGAAGAGUGCGACGCAACCCGCAAGAAUCGUAUACAGUGCCGCUGGUGCGGUAUUGUUGAGCUUCGGAUCCGUUUUAGUGUGGGCCGUUUUGCGAUCCAUAGUCCCGCCAAAUCCGGUGCUCUGUACGAUAGCUGGUGUUGGCACCGGAGUGGCAUUCCUGAAGAUCGGCACGAGCUACAUUGAAUUUGUCGAUGGGCAGAUCGCGAAAAAGUAGACCGCACCUAUAUUGCUUUUCGUUCCCUUCCUGUUUAUCUGAUUUUUUUGUAUUUCGGAUUUAUGGCAGAACGAGAUUGUAUUACGUUAAAUUCACGAGUAAGCACUUUAAAGUCACUGGUUGCUUCGAAUUAGGUGCGGCUUUUGGAUCGGUGUACAAUUAAUUGUAAAAUUUUCCGUUCGACGAGUGAUUAUCGAGAAUAAUCGAAUUCUAGAUUCGCGAGACUGAUAUAUUACGAUGGGCAAUACAAAAGCGUAUACAGUUGCACUGCAGCGUCCUUAUUGAGAAUCUUGAUCUUGUUGAUCUUGAUCGGUAUCAUGUACGACUUUAAUAAAUAUACACGUGUACCUAUAUGCUUAUAAAAAGGAAGUAAUAAGAGACAUGCACACACAAGUAAAGUACGAAUUAAACCUUGGAUUGUCACAUCUCGCAAGAAUGUGCGAUUGGCGAUUCGAGUGUUGAUAAUUAUAUUAAAAUUAAAUAUUAUAUUAAUGAAAAUUUUUCACGCAUUUACACGCACGAGAGGACACUGCGGUCGAUACGUAAUGCAUUUGUUUCUCAUCCCUAUGGUAUAUUGAUUAUCCUAUGUUUAUUUGUAAGUUUUGCAGCUGCAGAUAGAGAUGAAAACCGUACAAGUGUCUGCUGAUUAGACAUUUAUAUAUAUGAAAUAUAAGAGAGAGGUAUUUACUAGAUGGCUAUACUACAUAAACAUAGGAUAUGUCUAUAUUAUCACGCCAGUCGUGCAUGAUCUAUAGACAAACGGUCGAACACGACGCGUAUCAAUAAACCUUUACGAUGCCUCUCUCUUCUCGAUGUCGCUCGUCACUCGCGCUACGUAUCUCGAUCGUUACUGGCGUUCGAUAAAUCGUUUGUUAAAAAUAUUAAGAAUGCACGCGUUCUAUAGAGAAAACUGACGCGAUAGUAACACCGGCGUGUUCACGAAGCCUGGAAACGUGUGCGUCUUAUGUCUUUAAUCGAUUUUGUAAGUUGUACAGCAUUCGUACAAGGAUGCAGUCAUCUCGAGUACACGCAUCGUUAUGUAGAUAAAUGUCGCACGAAUAUACGAAUCGUGUAUGACAUGACAAAAAAUGAAAGAAAUGAGAAACAAA